CAAGACGAGUUUUCUAGGGUAAGUUCAUGUAGAUCCGCUAAGGAAGCAUGGGAUCUCCUAGAAGCCACCCAUGAUGAAGACAAGGACACCAAAUUCAGGUAUGCUUUCUCUUGAGUUGUGAUGGGGAGGAAGAGUAGGAAAGAGCCCACACCCCCCAGCUCCCCCGAAGAAGAAGCUUCCGGAGUUGAAGGUGGAUGAUGAAGUCACUGCGGACAUUGUGGUUUAUGAGAACUCCUUUGAUGAUAAUGAAUUUGUUAAUGAUAUGAUUGAUUGUGAAAAUGCUAUUGCAAAGGAUGGGGAAGAUGAUACAUCAUCUGAUAACAAAUCGGUUACUCGUUCUAUUGAUGAAGAAGCUGUGGAGAAGGAUUUGAAGGACAAACUACUUGAACAUAACCAGGAAACCCCCAAGGUGUUUGAGAAAAUGCGUGAGCCACCUCGUAAAAAAACUUUUGCUGACUUCCUCAAGAAUAACAGGGGAGAGAAGCAAGGAAUGCAGCUCUUCAAAGUUGAUUUACCUAAUACUGAAGAGGUUUUCAUUCCAAAGGAAGCUAUCCUACCUGUUGAAGAUAUUUGGGGGUACUGCCUUGUGGGGUGCUUUGCAAGAAAAUUCCCUGGGCUCAAGGCUAUUCAGAAGAUGGUGAACACCUGGGGUGUUCCUUGUGAAAUCCUCCCACAUAAGAGGGGAUGGAUAGUCUUUAAAUUUUGGACGGAUGAACACAGGCAGGCAGUCAUGACCAAACCAGUAGAGGAGCUGACAAUUAACAGGAAAAAACUGAUGUUCAAGAUUCUAGAAAAGGACUUCAUGUGGAACUGCAAAUCUUUUGCUACUAUGCCAGUAUGGGUCAAAUUCCUGGAUGUUCCCAUGGGAUUCUGGAACCCUUUAGGCCUCUCCUUCCUUGCUUCCAAACUUGGAACACCUCUAUACUCUGAUGGAGUGACUUACACAUCUGCUUCCAGAUUUGACACUUCCAUGGAACCCAAUGCUGAUGGAGAUUAUAGGAAGGUGAACUACUGUAGAGUAAUGAUCAACAUGGACCUAUCUGUGAAACCUCCCUUGUGUGUUAAAGUUGCAUAUGAUGAGGGGAGCUUUACACAGAAGGUUGAAUAUGAGCAUAUGCCUGAGUACUGCUAUCAUUGUGAAGCGUUUGGUCACAACCCUUUUGAUUGCAAGGCACUGCAUGAAAUCCACAGAAGAUAAUUCUUGGAGAAGGAGAGAUUGGAGGAAUUAGCCAGACUUGAGGCUCUCAAAGAGGCCAAGAUAGCUGAAGCUAAAGCCAAGGGUACAAAUAAAACACAUAACCCCAAGAACACUAAGGAAACUGGGAAGAAGCCAGCUUCUAAAGUACCCUUGGUAAAUGAAACCCAACCACUAGAUGAGAACAAAGGAAAGAAAGUUGUGGAAGAUGAGAUACUCGAGAAAUCUAAGGAUGUUGAUGAACCAGCACCUUCUUUUGCUGUCAAAGACCCCAAUGAUGGUGACACUCUUGUUAGUACUGGGGUGGGAACCCUUACCAAUAUUCCAGCUAAGGAGUCACACCUUAAAGAGCCUCCAGACAUUGGGGAUAAGAGAGUGGAUAAGCCUGCUGUUAAUACUAAAAGCAGUGGCAGGGCUGGAGGGAAUCAGUACCAUGGAAACAACAAGGGGGGUGCCAACAAAGGUAGAGGGAGGGCCUUUGGGCCUAACCGCAGAUGAAGGUACUUUGCUGGAACAUUAGAGGCCUAAAUAGGGCCUCUAAAUAGCAUUUUUUGUGUAAAUACAUUCAUGAUCUUGGGGUCCAUUUUUGCUGCAUCCUUGAAACCAAGAUGACUAUGGCCAAAAUUAAACUUUUUGCUUACAAUAAACUUCCCAAUUGGAAUUUUGCUGAUAAUUUUGAUAUGACUGAGGGAGGGAGAAUGGCCAUCUUUUGGAAUUCUGAUUUUGUUAAUUGUAUUGUCAAGGCUACUACUGACCAGUUUAUUCACUGUGAGGCUCAAUGCUUGAUCACACAAAAAAGUUUUGCUAUUUCUUUUGUCUAUGCUUUGUAUAAUGUCAGUAUCUGGAGGAAUUUGUGGGAU